CCAUUUUCCAGUUCGUAAACAUGGCAUCAUGUACAGAUACUAUAAGCGAACAGCCCUUCCGCUUCCUUGAUCUGCCUACAGACCUGCGUUGCUGCGUGUACGAACACAUCGAGAUCCCUGCGACCCGGCACAGUCUCGACCGAACACAAGCCCUUAUCAGGAAACCAGACUGGCCCGUUUUGCCCAAAUCCCAGAUCUAUGACUCCCGCAUCACCCUAAUCCAGCCGCACACCAAGUCUGCGACAAACCUCCUAGCGACGUGCCGCCUUGUUAACAAGGAAGCCAGCUACUUUCUUAGCCGCAAAAUACAACAAGCCAGGCGUCUGCCUGUACAGUACUUGGUAGACUACAGUGCAGUAUUCGCCCUCGUGAAGCCCAACAGCGUCUUGCGAAGCUGUCUCGGCAUGGCUGGCGCAGGCAUUAGCCAGGGCGAAAACACAGCCGUGAAGUCCUUCUUGCGCGUCUGCGCACUCACCCUCUCUCGCACGCGUCCAGCACGGAACCGAGCAUGGGACGGAACACAGAGCGGUUCACGCGGGGUACGAGCGAUAGAGAUCACGAUCACUUACAGGCGCGACGCGGUGCACAGCAGAGAGGUCAUGGAAGCUGUAGUGUGGCUCUCUAAGCUCACGUACUUGACUCCAACUCGAGUUGUGGUCAUCUACCAGUCUCCGCUUCCAAGAAUAUUGAUGCCUGGUAGUACGCAGGUGACAGAUUCAGGUUUUUUGGAGCAGAUGCUACAACAGGUUCCAAGAGAACUAGAAAUUAGCAAUCUGUCUUGGGGAGUUUUUAUAAGGCCGCUUAAGGAAGCAGAUUUUGAGAGACAUGUAGAGGGUUUGGAUAGUUCUUGGAAUCAGGUUUAG